AUGCAGGUCUUCGUGCCGGCUCCGCUGUUACGUUCUUUGCAGCGCUACAGCAAGAACCACGAGGAUCUAGACGUACGAGAUGCUUCCCGUUGUUCUCCUGUACUUCGCGGCGUGCUUUUGGGCACCCAGAAGAUCGUAGAGACCAGCAGAGAUGACGUACACCAGAUCGCAAUCUGGGCCCUGCUGCGUCUACCUUCUGACGACGCGACGGGCCACUCCUUUGACUGCAAUGUACCAGGCGGAAUCUCUCGCAUUGGGCGUUUUGUAGUCGUGGAUGGAGACACCGAUGAGGACAGCAAGGAGCUCGAAGCUGCUGCACUUCGCGAAGUCGGCGAUCAGCAAGAGAAGAAAGGGGAGAUUGUGCUGGUAUACAAUCUGAGUGUGCAGGUGCAGAGGACGUUUCGGUGCAAAGAUGGAGUUGCCACGGCCAUAGAGGUUACAGUUGUACCGUGUGUCCAUGCUCGAGAGUUUCAUCGUGCGAUUGGAUACACACUACUACGCUGUGCGGUCGAGUUAGAUGGCAUUGGAGAGAAGAAAGUGUUGCUACAGCAGCUGGAGAAGUAUAAGGCUGCGACGCGUGAUAGUCGCAACUUCUACGUGCGUGCAGCUGUCGUGCAGGGCGAGAAGGGUCGGAGUUUUCGUGUGCUCGAUAGUCGUGGAGAAGAUGUGUUGUCUUCGGACGGUAAGCUCGUGCCGCUUGAGUCAAUCUUGCCGGCGCGUAGUCUUGCUGAAGACGCGAGUGAGACGAAGAUGAAGAAGAGUGGCAAGAAGCAGAAGAAAGUGAGCACGAAAGCAGCGACUCGGCGACAGGAAGUGGAAGUCGAUACAAUGGGGAUGCUACCAUCGCUGGAGUAUGGUGCUAUUGCCACUGUAGAUUUGAUGGUCAGUCUUGCGCCGCAGGGGUCUCCUGCUGAUGCGGCUGCGCCUGUGCUAACGAUUCCAGCACCAUCUGUUUCCAGAGCACCUAGCCGUCGCUUUCGUGCACGCUGUGAGGCCUUAGUUGUCGUGCCUGUGGACUUGCCACUCAGUGCUGCGCUAAGCCUGCUUCGGGAUCAGCUAUAUCGCCAGCUGUCCGAUGUUUCGAACCGACUCAAGGAUACACAAGAGGCGGCCGAUUUCGUGGCGGUGCAUCAGUUCCCACUUGUUGGAGCUGCGUUUCCACUGACCAUUGCUUCGAGCUCGAAGGAGUGUGAUGAUCGCACCAAGAACAUGGACGAUGCGAAAGGGGUGGAGAGGUUCCACCGCGCGUUCCUGCAGCCUUUACACCAGCCCCUGUUCUGCGUGUCUCGUGGGUGCUCGCUAGCUCAGCAAGCAGAAUGGCUUGCAACGAGCGACGUCUUGUACAACGUGCACGAAGGCAUCCCAAGUUUCGGAGGAGACUCGCGUUGCCAAGUAGCGCUGGUGGAUGGCUUUUAUGGCUACUAUCAUUAUUUGCAGCAAAGCUUGAACGACAAAGGCUGGGGCUGUGCUUACCGUUCGUUGCAGACGUUGGCGUCGUGGCUAUUCAUCCAGCACUACACGCAACAGCGCUUCCUCUCGCAUGAGCACAUCCAGAGCGUGCUGGUCAAGAUGGGCGACAAACCAGCCCGAUUCAAAGGCUCGACAGAAUGGAUUGGCAGUGUGGAAGUCGGUUAUGUGCUGGACGAGCUUUUUGGCGUCACCUUCCGGUCGUUGAGUGUCUCGAGUGGCACCCAGCUGCCUGACGUAGCGCGUGAGCUACUUUGGCACUUUGAAUCGCAGGGAACUCCUGUGAUGAUGGGCGGUGGCCAGUUGGCAUUCACGCUUUUGGGCGUGAUUUACGACCCUGAUUCGGGCGUGUGCGCCUUCCUCACGCUGGACCCGCACUAUUCGGGCGACGAAGACCUGCACACGAUUCAAAACCAGACUGUCGCACUAGAAGGGUACAAGGCCGUACCAUGCAGCUGGCGCAAGACGACAAGCUUUGCCAAGAACAGCUUCUACAAUCUCUGCUUACCUCAGCGCCCAAGUGUCGACAUCUAA